AAUUUCGUUUAAGACAAAAAAGUACAUUUUAGUUUGACUUUUCUUCACUGAAAGAUUUUCUGCUAAUGCCGAAAAAAACUCUAUUUUUGUGUUAAAUUAUUUAUGUUUGAAUUUUAGUCCAACCGUGCUAAAUGGUUCAUUAGCACUAAAUGCAACUGUCAAAAUGUGUUCUUUAGAUUUGAUAUGUGUUUCGCUGUCAAAAUAGUUGUUAUUAAAAUCAAAUGUAUUGCAAACAAACGAAAUAAGACCCAAGCGGCACGGUAAAACGAUAACGAGGGUAUUUUGUAAUCAUGGAAAUCGAAGAUCGGAAUUUGGUUGGUGUAGAAUAUCCAGGACGCGUUGAAAAUGCCGAUAAUAUGGUCAAAACACUGGGUGGUCUAACAAAUAUCUCAAAAGUUAUAUGUAAUAUGGAUAAAAAGCGAUUAGACUUGACGUUUCGUCCGGAUGAUGUGUUUGCCAAACCAAUUUAUGGUGACUUGAAACCAGCCUCUGGACUCUUACUAAAAGUGGUUUAUUGUCGUCGAAGACGUGACGUUCCCGGUCCCAGCACCGAAGAAGAGGAAACCAAUGAAGAACCAAAGAUCGAUGUUAUCGGUGUUGUUCGAUCGAUUUUCAAAUUCGAGGGUUUAUGCGAUUAUCAAUAUUUACCGAUUGGAACGAAUCUGGCAACGCACAAGGCUGAAUUUAUUUAUGAUGACAUUAUGCCCAACGGACUUCUAUCACCCAAUUGGCUAACUGAUGAUGCGAACAAUGACAUUCCGUAUUUUUUCCCACCGCCAUCUUUCACCCGCGUUGAUACUCCGCAGGACAGUUUCUUCAAAAAGGAUCGUUCAAAGGGGUUGAAUAAAGACCAAUCGUCGCCCUAUGAUUCGGCCCAAUCGACAAUUGUUGGAAUGUCACGUAAUCGCCGUUUCAAACAUGCCUGUUAUAUACCAUUUAGUUUGACAAAUCCAAUACCGGAAAAAGCUCAAUUCCAAGCAUUGAAAAUGCUGAAAUUUAAAUUCAUCACCAAUGAACAAUUUAAUAUGAUAAAAGAGUAUUUGGAUCGUCAACCGAUUUGGUUGCGCAGCUCAUUGGCGUAUGAAACAAAAAUUCCACGACAAAAACUGAAAAUCAUUCUGCCAUCAUUGGCGUAUUAUUUUACAACCGGUCCAUGGCGAUUGAUGUGGGUCCGCUUUGGAUACGAUCCACGCAAAGAUUUUACCAGCCGAUACUAUCAAACAUUGGACUAUCGAAUCCGAUCGAAUACACUCAAAGAAAAGAUUGCGCGCAGCCGAAAAACCAAAACCGAUCCAGACAACACAUAUCCGUACUUUGAAGUAGAUCGUCUGCCUGAAACCCGACAAUCAUUUUAUCGAUACUGUGAUGUACAUGUGCCAAAGAUACAAGAAAUGUUGGACAAAAUACCGACACCACUAUCAGGUGCGAUAUGCAAUGAAAAAACUGGCUGGUUACCACCGAAUUUUGACGAUAAUUGCCGUGAAAUUCUCACCGAAACCAUCAACGAACUAUUGGAAAUGCAACCGGCCGAUUUUGAUCCAAAUCAAUUGGCGUCAACGUCUCGGGAGGCCCAAGCACAAAAUGCCGAACAACCAGAUAAUGAAUGGGAAUAUGGGGAGGACGAAGAAGGUUACGAUGAAGAGGAACGGGAUCCAUCAUAUGUGGAACAUGACUAUGAAGAUGACGAAUGAUCAACGAAUGUAUCAAUUACGAUGACUUGAAACAGAAAUAAAGUUAAAAACCCGCCUUGUAACAGUA